CAGCAGCAUCAUCAGGCACGCCCCAGCUUCAGCUCCAUCUCCAGCAUUAUUAGCUCCGUCCAUGGCCGCGGCGGUGGCAAGCAGAGUCCGGUGAAAAUGGACAAGGGCCGCCUCAGAUUGCCGCAACUUUCGCCAAAUUAGCAGAAGGAAAGGAAGGAGUGGGAAAGGAAGGGAGAGUAGAAGACAUCUACGGCGAAGAGACUCUUUUUGGCAAAGUAAAUAUUUGCCAGUCUCGACAAAAGGGCCACCACAACAAUAGCCAAGGAAUUCAAUCGUAGCCGGAGCAGGAAUUAGCCACAAAAGAAGACGCAUUCGCGAGUCCAUUAAGAGCCAUCCCCCGCCACCCUGCAAACCCCAACCAAGGCUAGAGGCACGCAUAGAACCCGGGAGCAGGUUGAGAGCCGGUCCACUUAAAUGACCGAAUCCACACAGCUGCAGACGGCGGAGAACAACAACGCGGGCGUGGUGAAAAUGGAGCCACCGCCACCGGCGACCUCCUCAUCCUCCGGCCACGCGCUAUCCGCACUCUCCAUGGCGGCCACCGGCUCCGCCCUCUCCCCAGCCACACCGCCCCCAUCCGCCCUGGGUCUGGCACAGCAUCAGAGCCAUCAUCAGCAGCAGCAGCAGCAGCAACAGCAGCACUACGCCCUCAAAUGGAACGACUUUCAGACCUCGAUACUCAGCUCGUUCCGGCACCUGCGCGACGAGGAGGACUUCGUGGACGUGACCCUGGCCUGCGACGAGCGCUCCUUCACCGCCCACAAGGUGGUGCUCAGCGCCUGCAGCCCCUACUUCCGCAAGCUGCUCAAGGCCAAUCCCUGCGAGCAUCCAAUUGUCAUACUGCGCGAUGUGCGCAGCGACGAUGUCGAGAAUCUAUUGAGCUUUAUGUACAACGGCGAGGUGAAUGUCAGUCACGAACAGUUGCCCGACUUCCUGAAGACGGCGCAUCUGCUGCAGAUUAGAGGUCUGGCGGAUGUCAACGGGGGCUAUCCCUAUGCCAAGGCCCUCUCCGCCGCCCUCUCGCACAGCAGCAACAGCAGCAGCAGCCACAACAGCACUGGCAGCCACAACAACAACAUCAGCAGCAGCCACAACAACAACCUUCUGGAGAGCAGCAUCAACAGCCACAGCAGCAGCCACAGCAACCACAACAAGAUCAGCAGCUAUCUGCCCCAGACGCAGACGAUGCUGAACAGCAGCAACAUCAGCAGCGGCAGCGGCAGUGGCAGCAACAGCGGAGUGCUCAACAGCAGUCACGGUUCGCCAUUCAGCACGCCCCAGGCUCCAGCCUCAGUGCCUGCCUCGAGUGCCGCAGCGGCCGCAGCAGCGGCAGCGGCAGCCUCCCUGACCGCCGCCGUGGCAGCAGCAGCAGCUGCCACAGCCAACGCGAGCAGCAGCAGCAGCAACAGGGACCGAGAACAGAGCACAGGCAGUGGCAGUGGCACGCCCGCCAUCCAGGAGCUGAAGGCAUCGGCAGCGUCGCCCGCGAGCAGCAGCAACCACUGGGAUAUGGGCGAACUUGAGGGCAGCCGCAAGAGCCACCUCACGCCGCCGCCACAGAAGCGCAUCAAGAGCGCCGAUCUCUUCCGGGCACAGCAUGGCAUCAGCCCCGAGCGGCUGCUGCUCGAUCGUGAAUUUCCCGUGGCCGGACAGCAUCCGCUGACGCGCAAUCGCAGUGGACGCGACACCUCGAAGGAUCGGGAGCGUAACCUGGAGCUGCGCGAGUCGCUGCUGGGACAGGCGCUGGAGAACAGCAACGGACAGCAGGCGGCGAAUCAGCAGAAACACGAUCUCGGGCAGAGUGCCGGCGAGGACUCGAACAGCAGCGAUACGGAGCCCUCGGACCGGGGCGAUGGCCAGCAUGAUGGCACCCUCGAUGGCAUCGACAAUCAGCGCUCGCACUCGUUCCCCAAUGCAUUCCUCGGCCUGCAGGGCAUACCCGGCCUGUUGCCAGGACCCUCUGGAAUGGGCAGUGAUUUCGUGUCCCGAAGAUCCCUGGAGAUGCGCGUGCGUGCCACCGAUCCGAGGCCCUGCCCGAAAUGCGGCAAGAUCUACCGCUCGGCCCACACCCUGCGCACCCAUCUGGAGGACAAGCAUACCGUCUGUCCCGGCUACCGGUGCGUGCUCUGCGGCACUGUGGCCAAGUCGCGCAACUCGCUGCACUCGCACAUGUCGCGCCAGCAUCGCGGCAUCUCCACCAAGGACCUGCCCGUGCUGCCCAUGCCCAGCCCCUUUGAUCCGGACCUGGCCUCGCGGCUGCUGGCCAAGGCCGGUGUCAAGAUAUCGCCCGCGGAGCUGCGUGCCCGUGCCUCGCCCACCGGCGGCAGUGGCAGCAGCGGCGGUGGCGGCGGCGGCGGCGGCGGAGGAGGCGGCGGUGGCAGUGGUGCGGGCAAGCUGGAUCUGAGCAACGCCAGCGGUGGACCAUUGGACGAUGGCGAGGACUCCGACGAGGAUCCCGAGGACCUGACCGUGGGCAAUGGCCUCUACGGCAUGGGUGGCAGCAACAGCGACCUCAGUCGCUACCACGAGAGUCUCCUGAGCAACUUCGGGCACGCCAACACCACCAUUUCCCGAAUGCGCAACGAGGCAGCGGCGGCCGCGGUGGCCUUGGGCCAGCCCAAGGAUCUGGGCGUGCAGAUACCCACCAGCAAUGCUGCAGGACAGUCCCUGCUGGACACCUACCUGCAGUUCAUCACAGAGAACACUUUCGGCAUGGGCAUGUCCCAGGAACAGGCUGCAGCAGCGGCGCUGCGGGCCAAGAUGGCGCAGCUGAAUGCGAUGGGACACAGUCUGGACAGCCUGCCGCCGGGCCUGCUGCCCGGACAGUUCGAUCUGAGCAAGCUGGCCGCCGGUAAUCCCGCCUUUGGCCAGACCGGGCCGGGCCUGUCGAUAGAGCCAAUUCUGCGACACGAUCCGGAUGCAGCGCAAGGACCGCUGGCGCUGAACUCCGGCGGCCGAAUGCACGGCCAUGACAUGGACGAGGCGGACAAUGACGGGGAGCUGCGGAGAGAGGGUUCAGAGCCCAUGGAUCUGGGCCUGGACAACAAUCAGUCGGGCAGCAACAAUGAGGUGGCCAAUUCGGAUGUCGAAGAGAACUAUUCCGAGGAUGAGGGCGUGCACAAUACAUAAGGCCAGCCCAGAGCAGCAGCGCCAGAAUGGAUGGAGAGUGUCGAACAGUUGUAUACCGAAUACCCAUGGAACAUAUGUAACGAGUAGCCUUAUCCCCCCAUGUAUACCAGUUUAUGUGUACAAUACGAUAUACAAUACGAUAGAGAUACGCAAAAUAGGACUAGAAAAAAAAAACAAAACAAAAAUCAUAUUUGUGCCGCUGCCAGAGCUGGCCGCCUAUAGUAGAAAUUCGAUGUUGUGCUUUUUAAACUACCUAUACAGAUAUUUAUAUAUAUACAUACAAACAUACAUACAUAUGUAUAUAUGUACAAAUGUACCUGUGUUGUGUAUACAAUUGAGAUGUUCCGACAGGAGAAAGCAAACACCCCGCCCCAACCCAUUUAGUUGUAAGAUAGAUUUCACAUUGAAAGCGAAGAAGAAAGCAGCCUGUAAAUACAUUUAAGAAAUACCUGUAGUUGGGCACCCGCCCCCGCCCCCUCCCAGAACCGAUCCGUCGCAUUUAAAGUAUGUUAGGGAAAUUGAAAUGUUUUAUUGUAAGCAGACGACAGCGGAUAAUUCAGAUGUGCCAUGCAUGCCACAGCUAGAGUCCGAGCGAGUAUGCCCUCUACCUAUGAUAUAAGCAUACAAGUAACAGCCUUCCAUGUUCCAAGUCUAGCCACUCCAUUGAUUCACAGUGCUCACCAUAUCUCACUCAGGAACACACUCAGCAAAACCGAAACCAACUCAACCGAACUACCUCAGCAGAAUCAGCAGCAGCAUCAGCCGCAGAUGAAUGAGUUUUGUGUGUGCGUUUAAUCCUCGAAAUACCUUAGACUUCCAUGAGUUGUGACUGGUCCUGUCCUGUCCCCCUGUCCUCGUCCUCGUCCUGUCUAUAUCCAUACUAUAUAUAGAAAACUGCGUUCCGUUGGACAGGAAACUUGCCAAUAUUAAACAGAAUAGAUUAAGGAUCUGCAAUGGAUCACAAUAUAUACACACAAUACGUGAAAAAGUGAAUGUUAAUUUAUAUAUACAACUACUUAUACGGUAAACAGUGCACAUUUAGCAUAGAGACACACACACACACACACACACACAAACAGAACAACACACUUAAAGAUACAGAUGCAGAUAUAUAACGGAUUGCCUGUCCAGUACCUACUGUACUUAACCCCCAGACAAUGGCUAGGAUUUGUCAGAGAAUUGAAUACCUCAGCAUACUCAGCAUUCAGAUCAGACCACCACACACACAGAGAGAUAGAGAGAGAGAGAGAGAGAGGGACUCUGGUGAAGAGGUGAACAAGCAUCUGCUCCGUUUGAAGAGAGUCAUAGGAUACUUAAGGAAUAUUAGAUUUAAUUAGUUUAUAUGUGGAAGCACUGCAAGCAAGAGACACACCCACACCCACACCCCGUAGAUAGAUGUCACUACUCGUCGUAAGUAGUGCCGUGGCCCAGCGUUUCCUGUAUGUAUUUUAGUUCGAAUAUGCCUCAGUUAUGUCCUAGGUUUAUGGUUAGUUUCAAUCGAAGAUGAGCACAGACAGACUCUACAAGAGUCGCAAACCAACUUGCCUUAUUGACCAACAUAUGUGUUACUUUAGUAAUUUUCUACCUCAAUUAAUUUAAAUGUAAUUUACUUGGAUAAUUUAUUUUUAAGUUUGCAAUCGCAAUCAGCAGUCGUCUCGAAUAUGCAUUUCAUUUGUUUCGCGUAUUCAAUGGACCCAGGUCCAAAACGUAACAAUAAACUAGAUUGGAGAAUACCUAAAAGAAUUAGCUAUGCCUACAAUACAAAAUCUAAUGAAUAAAGAAGAACCCUAAGUACAUGCGAAUAUGUUUAAUCCUUUUCUUUGAUUUAUUCCCCUCCUCGUUUUAUACCUUCGGUUUUUAUUAGAUAUGUACGUCUCCUUUCUUGUCUCUCUCAAUGGAGAGAUCGAGAGAUCGCAAUAGAUUGCAUUUCCCUAUGCUUGAAGUGCAUUUAAGGCUAAUGCAAUUCGGCUAAGAUGUUUAGUUUAAAAGCAAUUAGUUAAAAGUCGUUACCAUAAGCAAUAUAAGUAGACAUCCAUGUGCUUAGAAAGUUAUAAAUAUUUAUUGAAAUUACAAUAAAGCCGCGUUAUGAAGAACGAAGAUAGAGUU